AUGUUCCAUGUAAAUCCUACCACGGAGGGCCUCCAGUUUCGAUCCGCAAUUCGCUCAUUCUGGGUUAUGCCAUCUCGCGGAGCUAUUAUGGGUGUAUGCAAGGCCUCUCCCUUGCUUCCACUUUUUCUGUCGACUUCGUUCGAUACUCCAGAAAAUCGCGAUUCCAGCUCCACUGCCAUCAUGAUGUUUAUCAACGUCUCCCUGUACGACAAGAUUACCGAGGCGGCCAAGGAUCUCUCGUUAGCGAGUAUCGAGAAAGAGUUUAAGUCACUCGGGCAACUUCGACAACUCUUGAUAGAUCACAAGUCUCUAAGCAGCAAGGAGCAGCGGUAUCCGUUUUGUAACCACAAAGGAGCUAAAGUCAAUGAUUCUAUGACUUGGGAAGAAUACAAGGGGGUUAGAGGCAGCAAUGAAGGAUCCACGGAGAAGGCGGAGCCGAUUUUCUUGCUCAAACAAAGCACGGCAGGACAUUUGGACGAUUCAACAAAGGAUUUUCUCAACAAUAAACUCGACACCGCUUUGAAGAGAGAGAAGCAAACCGACGCCGACAGAACCGAGAUCAAAGAGCUUGUCAGUACAUAUGUGGCAGGAAACUAUACUGCUAUGAGUUCUGGAAAAGUUAGUUAUCCAGCAGACAUGACCGACAAAGAAUGGGACGACGUUUUCCGCACCAACAGUAUUCUCAGUGGAAGCCGCAUUAUCAUGAAAGCUGUUGGUGGCGAUGAUAAACCAGUUUCCGUGCACAUUAAUCGCGUUCCGCGGGCGGCUUUCGCUCUCAAAGAACGUAAAAGAGUGAUCUACAAGGUUGACGAGGAAGGUGGCAUUACCACUACUACGCGACCGUCGAAGAUCCCCGACUUUAUCGUCGCAGACGACUCCAACGUGAAUGUGUUCGAAACUCAAAGUAGACUAGAGCAAUCUCUGGCGCAGAGUGCCUUUAGCCAAACUGACGUCCAAGCCUCCGCAGGAGGGGGUGCAGCUGGAUUCAGCGCCGCAGUUACUGCAAGCAUGAGCAAGCAGGAUCAGGAGGCAUGGAAGACAUCCGCAAAACAAACAGAUCAGCACCUCAACAUUUCCUACGAUUUCCCGCGAGUUGUCUUAUAUCUCAACAAGGAUAACUUAGAACUAUCCGAGGACUGCAAAGAUGGACUGAACAGGCUGAAGCCAGCAGCAAAUGAGCAAGUCGACACACAAAAAGUUAUCGAGUUUUUUGAAACAUUCGGACAUUUUAUCCCCACGCGGGUUGAGUUGGGAGGGCGGCUUUUUUCAUCGGAGAAACUACAGUCAACGGACGCCGCCGAGGUGAGGAGCAAGUCAGAGGCCUUGAAGGUUGCAGCAGGAGUUUCUUUUUCGUCACCGUAUGUGCAGGCUUCAAUCAACGCCAGUCAUGAGACGGGGAAGGACAACUCCAGCGGCUCUACAACCAGUAGUUUGACAAAGACAAUCUGCUGGGAGGCUUCUGGAGGGGAUACCCUUCUCUGCAACAACCCGCCUGCUUGGUGCGCCUCUGUGGGUUCCCACUACAAUUGGCGGGUGAUGAAGCAACACGAUGUAAUCCCGCUCGUGAAAUUGAUAUACGAUUUGAUGGACGAUGAUUUGAAAAGCUCGCCUAUUCACCAAGCUUUUGAGCAAAUCCUCAACCCUGCCAUUACUUACGAGACCCAGGAGCUCGAAGCAACUUCAGGUAGCAACGGCGAAGUCGAUCAUGCUUCCACGGAAGCAGGGACGCAAGAACAGUAUGCUGCGAUACCGAUUGCCAGAGUAGCUUCGCUUGACACUCCUUUGCCUCCUAUCCCAAGUCCGCAACCACCAAGUCGCGAGGUAGCCGUACAGGUCGCAGCUGCUCCACAGGGCAUGACUGAAUCAACAGCAAAUGAACAAAAUGCUGCGACACUGAUUCCCAGGGUAACUUCGCUCGACCCUACUUCUUUGCCUCCGGUCCCAAGUCCACAACCACCAAGUGGUGAGGAAGCCGUAAAGGUCGCAGCCGCUCCACAGGGCAUAUUUGAAUCAACAGCAAAAUUUUAUCUAAAGCUCAAGUCUACCUCUGGCCCCGAAAGCUAUCUUUGGAUUGAUUGGGAACGACAUCCAGACAGACCUCGUCCUCACGACGCCGUGCAUGCAUUGCAAGAGGUUGCAGAUCAAAUUCACGAGGAGAGAGAAAAGUAUCCAGAAGAUUAUAGGAGAGCACGGAAUGCUUGGGCCACAAAAAUGGGCUAUGAUAACGGUGCAUCAUACAUCGACAGAUGGUUCCUCGACCAUCUUGAGGGUGAGUAUGCGAGGAUGGGUAUUGUUCCCAAACCCCCGCCACAAUGCCGAAUCAUCUUAAAUGGCGGUUCCUGCCAUUCAAGACUCAAGUCUCAACACUUCCCACAGACAUACAUAAGGACCUCAGUGGGCGGGAACUACUAUCAGCUUUGCGCAAGUGGAAUUGCUCCAGGAUUCCACCAGUCUACUUACCUCUACUGGGGCGACCCUGGUGUCAACAACGCCUAUUUCUGGCCGUUUUCCACUCGUUUCGUAUUCCGCAAGGCUGGAGACGUCAACGCAAAGGGAGCAGUGGGGAACAAAGACGAGGUACAUCUCAAUGUUAUAACACAGGACGGAAAGAUCAGUGUUGGCGAUGUCGGGAAGAUCCUAUCGCACUCUGUGGGUGCUAAACUUGGAGGCUAUGUUCCCCGCUGUUCUUUCAUAGUGGAAUAUGAGUAA